AUGAAUGCGAGUAUCUCUGAAGAUUUGUUUGAUAGUUUAGUGUUCAGCUGCCCAAUCCUUCCACAGUUCACCUGGGACCUAAGGCAAAUAAUUUACCACCAGAUUGGGAUCGCCGUCACACUCGCUGUUCUUCCAUUGACUGUUUUUCUAAACAUUCUGGUGAUCGUAGCGGUCAAGAAAAUCAGAGAGUUAGCCACAAAUUCUAACAUUCUAAUCGCUUGUUUGGCUGCUGUCGACUUUUUGGUGGGUGCGGUUUCUAUGCCACUGACAAUCACUUUGGAUGCCCAGAUGGUUCGAGGAACUGCAUCGAAAAACAUCGUCUGCAUCAAACACAAAAUCUCUGGCUUGAUUUUUUACAUUGCUUUUAAUGUUUCGUUUUAUCAUCUAGUUUUAAUAGCUUGGGAGAGGUACGUCGCAAUAGUGAAAUGGAUGGAGUACAAAGUCAUUCUAACUAAAGAACGUGUUCAGAGAAAUUCAAGAAUCAUAUGGGUAACCACUGUCAUAUCAAAUGCUUUUUAUCUCGCAUUAGCAGUCACUGAUUCUCGCUCUGAGAUUCUUUUAACUCUAAAUGUCAUUUUAAUCAUCAGUUAUUUAAUUGGCUUGUCACUGAUGGCUUACUUUUAUUUCAUGGUUUACAUCAAAACACGAAAACUGGAGGACGCUCAAAUCAGGCGAGUGAAUACGCUGAUCAAAGCAAGAAGCGAGAGAAGAACUGCUUACACUGUGUUUCUGAUGACAGUGGCUGUUUUGAUAUCCGUUGUGCCUUUACUGAUAGUCCUUCUUUUGGCGUUGUUUUCCCCAGUUUUUCGUUCCAAUUCGAUCCUCCGAAUGGCGGAAAUUUUCCUGCAGUUAAACUCUCUCGUGAAUCCAGCAGUGUAUUUCUAUAGAAACAAUCGCUACAGGAAAGCAGCCUUGAGGCUCCUAAGAUGUGGGAAACCUCGAGCUAUUGAACCAGGGAUACUUAUGGGGCGAAGAAGAGAGCUUUUGGACAUCGAAAAAGCCCCGCGCCUCAGAAAGGUACGGUCUUAUGCAGCAGAGACAAAGCGUGAAAGCUUACCUAACCCACAAGGACAUGUUACAAUUACCGUCACUGCGCAGAUUGAAAAUGUACCUAGGGAGGAACCAGAGGGAGACCGUGGAGUCAUUGCACCACAGCAAAAGUGA